CGGGAAAGGUGCGGCUGUGUGGAGGGAGGGGGAUGUCAUCGCCUUUUCCUGGCAGGGGCACCCCUGCCACGCUCCGCGGGGGCUCUGUCAGCCGGCGAGGCACUGCACCCAUCCCCAGCACCAUGGUGAGAAACGUGGAUGACUUUGACUUCUGCCUGCCUUCGCAUGCUCAGGGCAUGCUGGAGGGGCUGCAGCGGCUGCGCGCCAACCCCAAACUGGCAGACGUGACACUGGUGGCAGGCGGGCGGGAGUUCCCCUGCCACCGUGGCGUCCUGGCCCUCUGCAGCCACUACUUCUAUGCCAUGUUCUCCGGCGACUUCGCCGAGAGCAUUGCAGCACGGGUGGAGCUGAAGGAAGUGGACCCUGGUGCGCUGGAGAUGCUGCUCGACUUCGCCUACACAGGGAAGGUCACCAUCAACCAGGACAACGUGGAGGGGUUGAUGCGGACAUCCAGCCAGCUGCACUUCCCCACUAUCCAGAAGGUCUGCAGCCGCUACCUCUGGCAGCAGAUGGAUGCCACCAACUGCCUAGGUAUCUGCGAGUUCGGUGAGAGCCACGGCUGCCCUGAGGUCUCCUCCAAGGCCUGGUCUUUCUUGCAGGAGAACUUUGAAGCUGUCUCUCUGCAGGAGGAGUUCCUCCAGCUCUCUAAGGAGAGGUUGGCUGUCUACCUCUCCAAGGACCAGCUGCAGGUGCAGGAGGAGCAGAGCCUGGCUGAGGCUGUGCUGCGCUGGGUACGCCACGACCCAGGUUCCCGAGCCCAGUUCCUGCCUGAGCUGCUGGAGCUGGCCCACCUCGUCUUGCUGCCUGACCAGUACCUGCAGAACCUGCUUACCACUGAGCCCCUCAUCCGUGACUCAGAUGCCAGCAAGGCCCUCGUCACACGAUCCCGCACCAUGGGGCAGAGCGAUGUCAGUGUGCAGAACAACUCCCUGACCACAUUGCAGAAGCUGGAGGAGGUAUUGGUGGUGGUUGGCGGCCGUGUGCUGGAGGAGGGCGAGGAUGAGGACAGGGGGCUGGAGAUGCCAGCCACCCCCAGGAACUUUGCCUUCUACAACCCCAAAAGUAGGCAAUGGAUGGCUCUGCCUGACUUCCCCGAUUACAACAAAUGGGGCUUUUCCCUGGUGGCUCUGAACAACGAUGUCUACGUCACAGGUGGCUCCCGGGGGUCCCAGCAUGAUACAUGGUCAACGACCCAGGCCUGGUGCUUCUGCCCAAGGGACGGCGCCUGGAAGCCCAUCACUUCCAUGCUGAAAGCCCGGACAAACCACACCAGUGCUGUCCUCAACGGCGAGAUCUAUGUCAUUGGGGGGACGACAGUGGACGUGGUGGAGGUGGAGCGCUAUGACCCCUACAACAAGAGCUGGUGUGCCAUCAGCCCAGCCCUCAAGUACGUGAGCAAUUUUGCAGCCGCCAGCUGCUUGGGCAAGCUCUACCUGGUGGGCUCCUGCGCCGUCAAGUACAAUGCACUCACCCUGCAGUGCUACAACCCUGUCCAAGAUUUGUGGAGUGUGAUCACAUCCCCCUUCAUCCCCAAAUACCUCUCGGCCCCACGCUGUGCCACCCUGCGCGGGCUCAUCUACCUUAUCGGGGACAACACUAAGAAAGUCCACGUCUAUGACCCAGAGGCCAACAUCUGGCAGAAGGUGCAGCUCCUCCACAUGCUCCAUGAGAAUGGCGGAAUGGUGGCAUUGGGCGACCGGCUCUUCGUCACCGGCGGCCACUGGAAGGGCAUGAACGGGGACUACCAGGUGGAAAUGGAGAUGUACGACUGCACCAAGGACCUAUGGACGCGGGAGGGCUCCCUGCCCUGCCUGUGGCUCUUCCACAGCUCCUCCUCCAUCUUCAUGGACACCUCCAAGUGGACAGAGGCUUUCCAGGGUGACCAUAGGUAGUGGGAGAGCCUGCAGCAUUGAGUGUCACCCUGUUCAGCCGCUCUUUAUGCUCUUGCCUCUCCACUCUGCCAGUAGUUCAGCUCUGCAGGGGAGGGGAGGGAAUGGAAACCCCUCUGCCAGGCUGGCCAGGGCAUCAGGAGCAUGUGUAUCCCCCUGCCCGGCCACCACUGGGAAAAGGCUUUUCCUUAUAAACAUGCUUUGGCUCA